UAUUGCGCUUACAACACGCGGCGGCGCAGAGGAUGUGCGCGCGCACCUGUUUUAGACGCAUUACGGUAGACUAAAUUGUCCCCUAACGCAUCGCCAACACAAGACACAAGCUGAGUAAUUCAACACUGAUUUCUCCGCGAAUGAGCGAGGAACAGACGAGAUGCCAAAAACUCCAGCAAGAAGCAUUGUUUGGACUUUAGGAAAACUCGCGUUGUGAAUAACCGAGAAAAGGAGACGAUUUCAGGCGGCGUGCUUUUUCUUCAUGAACUUUCACGAGCGCUGUGACCAUGCAGCCUUUGAGCUAGUGCACGAUUAUUGUUUCCACUUAUCACCCAACUGAGUGAUCAGUUUGAGAGAGGAAGCCAAUAAAAAAGGAAAAGGAAGACUAAUAAAGACAGUUGCCGCUGAAAGUAAUGGUCCGAAGAUAUCACUCAUAGAGCAGGAUUUUUUUUUUCGCUUUUGCGUUGCUCUUCUCAAGGUUUUUGGGAUCGCUGGGACAUUUCACCAAAGCUGGAAGCGAGAGAUCCACAUGGUCCAGCCCGUAGAGUGAAAGUUGAGUUCUCCACAAUAUCCGAGCAGGUGACACGUGAUGAUGGUAGAAUCAGCAACUGAGACCAUUCGAACAACACCCUCCAAUCAAAAUGGAGUCAGCAGUCUAAGCAGCCAAUCAGACGGUGGAGGAAGAGAGGGCGGCUCCAACGGUGACACCAAUGGGGAGAUCAGUCCAGUUGAUUUACUGCACCUUCAACAGCAGCAGGCCCUCCAGGCAGCACGACAGUUCAUCCUCCAGCAGGCCACAGGACUCAAUUCCCCCAGCAGCGAGGUCAAACAAAACCAUGUACAGGUGCCUGUAUCCAUGGCGAUGAUGACCCCUCAGAUGAUAACUCCUCAGCAGAUGCAGCAGAUCCUCUCUCCACCUCAGCUCCAAGCUUUACUUCAACAGCAGCAAGCCCUAAUGCUGCAACAGCUGCAGGAGUACUAUAAGAAGCAACAGGAGCAGUUGCACCUCCAGCUUCUAACCCAACAGCAGCAGCAAGCAGGGAAGCAGGCCAAAGAGCAGCAGUUGGGGAAUAAACAGCUGGCUUUCCAGCAGCAGCUGAUCCAGAUGCAACAAUUACAGCAGCAACACAUUCUGAAUCUACAAAGACAGGGCCUGGUGAACCUACAGCCGGGCCAAGGAGCCGUACCCAUUCAGAGCCUGCAGCAAGCCAUGUGUCCCACUGACCUGCAGCAGUUGUGGAAGGACGUGGCAGGCAUUCAGAGCACAGAGGAGGUCAUGAAACAUGAGGGCCUCGAUCUGACCACCAACAGCUCCAAUUCUACCUCAUACUCGGCCUCCAAGGUCUCACCUCAGAUCCCCCAUCAUCCUUUGCCAAAUGGACAGAACUCUGUGCACACUCCAAAGAGAGACAGAGCAAGACUCUUUGAGUGGAUCUCGUCCUUCACCAAGGAGUCCAGUGAUGAUCAUCUCACGCCAUACUCCAAAAGCGCUCCCCUCCAGAGCUCCCACUCGACCCAUGAGGAACACACGGCCUCGCACCCGCUCUACGGACACGGCGAGUGCAAGUGGCCCGGCUGCGAGGCGCUCUGCGAGGACAUGGGCCAGUUCAUCAAGCACCUGAACAGUGAGCACGCCCUGGACGAUCGCAGCACAGCCCAGUGCAGGGUCCAGAUGCAGGUCGUUCAACAGCUGGAGAUACAGCUGGCCAAAGAGAGCGAGCGUCUGCAGGCCAUGAUGACCCACCUGCACAUGCGUCCAUCAGAGCCAAAGCAUUUCAACCAACCUCUGAACCUGGCCUCUAGUAUGUCAAUGUCGAAACGAGAAAACGAAGGGUUUCCUGAGGGCUUGCCACACCCCCCAACCUCAGCUGCCACCCCCAUCACCCCCAUGAGGCAGGGACCCUCCGUCAUCAGCUCCUCCAGCCUGCACGGAGUCGGACCCAUCCGUCGCCGCAACUCCGACAAGUUCUGCACCCCCAUCGCAUCGGAACUCGCACAGAAUUGUGAAUUCUACAAAAACGCUGAUGUCAGGCCUCCAUUCACCUAUGCUUCUCUCAUACGACACGCCAUUCUGGAAGCUCCCGACCGUCAGCUGACUCUAAAUGAGAUCUACAAUUGGUUUACACGAAUGUUCGCCUAUUUCAGGAGAAACACAGCUACAUGGAAGAAUGCUGUGCGCCAUAACCUGAGUCUGCACAAGUGCUUUGUGCGAGUGGAGAACGUCAAGGGUGCCGUCUGGACCGUGGACGAAGUGGAAUACCAAAAGAGGAGACCACCAAAGAUGACCGGAAGUCCCACACUCGUGAAGAAUAUGAUUUCCGGACUGGGAUUUGGCUCCCUGAAUGCCAGUUAUCAGGCUGCACUUGCGGAAAGCAGUCUUGGUCUUCUGAACAGCCCCACCCUGUUGAACAACAGCACAGGUGCGAGCCUUAACAUGCUGCACGUCGGUCACGAUGAUGUCAGCAGCACUGUUGAACAGGUCAACAGUAACGGCAGCUGCAGCCCUGGCCUCUCUCCACACCAGUAUGGACACCAGGUUCAUGUGAAGGAGGAGCCAGCUGAGAUGGAAGAGGAUAGCAGACCCAUGUCCCUCAUGGCGUCUGUCACUCAAAACAUGAGCAUGCCCGGUGACGAGCGUGACAUGGAGGAGGAGCUUCCAACAGAGGAGCUGGAGUAAAAGCGAUGUGGUGGAGGCGGAGCUUACUGGCCUAGCCCCUCCCUCAUAUUCAAGGUGUUCAAGAAAACAAAGAUACAAAACCAACUACAACUUCGAAAACCAAAACAGGGUUAGACCUCAUCAGUUCAUAGAGCAAAAAACACAACAUGCUUUUAUCCCCUUUAUUUUUUUUAUUUCUUCGGUCAGUAUCCUCAAAAAGACACUUUUGCGCCUGUGUUUUAAAAUAUGCUAGGUUAGAAGUACGGACCACCACAGAGCUACUGAGGGAAACCUGACAAGAUAUAACAUCAGUAUACUCACGCAAGUGUGUAUAGUCGUUUUUUUUUCCUUUUCUGAAGUCACCUGAGGUUUCUCUGUUUUAAGUCUUUUUAGCUCUAAUGUUCUUUGGGCCUGAGAACACCGCUUUUCUAUGGAAUACAUACACGGAGGUGAUUUACCUCAGAAAGAAAAAAGAGGGAAAAUAUGAUCUUUAGAAUGACUUCUGCUUUCAUCCAGAUUUUUUCUAUAUUCAUUCAAGGGGAUGCUGCAAGACUCCGUAACUUUGCCGCCACACAGUUAAGCUCACCACUCCUGACAAAAGCAAAGCAAAGACUGAAACACAACAAGCUGUAAGACUGGCAACGGCAUCCCUGGUCACCACCUUUUUCUUUGUCUGUUUCCCGUUUACAUGACUGGACUCGCAGCGGGAGGUGUGCUGACUAACCUCUCUGAUCAGACAGUGGCUGCGCGCCCUCCUUAUCUUUAGCCAAACUUAAAGUAGAAAAUGUUGCCACCCCCAAAAAGGCCUAUUUCAGGAAAAUGAACUUUUGCUGUUGUUCUCCUGUGGUGCUGUUAUGACAGCCAGACUGACCCGAGGCUUGAGGAGGACCGGCUCAGAGACUCUAUUGACUGUAUUGUUGAUUAUAAUAUGUGUGCAGUAGCUUUCGAUUUCUCCUUUUGCUUUACCGUCAUAGUUGUUUAUUUCUAAAUGAUCAACGUUUUUCAUUGUGGUAUUAUUCAAUUAUUAUAUGUCUUCUGUUGAUUUUUUUUCUCUCUUAUCAUUCCAAAAAAAAAGGUUACGUUCGGGAGAGAAGUUCCAAACACCCACCCCCCCC